AUGUGGAUCCCACUCAUUACACUCAUUUCAAUCAUACAAACCACAUUCGCUUUAUCAAGUCAUAUUAUUCAACUUCACAGUGGUCAAUCAUUUGGUGAAAUUUCUCAACAAGGUUCAGGUUCAGAUUCAAGUUCAGGGUUAUUUGAUUUUUUGAAACCAAAUGAAAACAAUACUAUUGAAAUUGGUGAUUUUAAAGCGUUGAUUGCAGAAUUUGAAGAAGAUUUAUUAGAAAAUUUGAAAAAAAUUCCAUUCAUCAAUCAAAUUUUCCCAAAUUCUGAAUUUAAAUUAUUUGAUGUUCAAGCUGAUCGUUACUCUGAAGGUUUAGAGAAAAGGUAUAGAAUCUUAGAAAGAUCUAGAUCACCUUCAACUUUUUAUAAAAGAGAUGAUGGUAUCACUAUUCAAGAAGAUGCUCCAAGGCAUUUAGCCAGAUUAUCACAAAGAGAAGGUAUUUUCAAUGAAUCUGGUCCAUUUGAAUACAGAUACAAAGAAACUGGUAAAGAUAUCACCGUUUAUGUUGUUGAUUCAGGUAUUUCAACUGAACAUCCAGAUUUUGAAGGUCGUGCUACAUUAGGUAAAAAUAUUGCUGGUGGUGGUUCUCAAAACAAGAGUAGUGAUCUUACAGGUCAUGGUACAAACGUUGCAGGUAUUAUUGGAUCAAAAACAUAUGGUGUUGCUAAAGAAGCUAAAUUGAUUGAUGUUAAAGUUAUUGGUGCUUAUGGUACCACAUCAAUUUCUUCAAUUCUAAGGGGUAUUGAAUGGGCUAAUAAUGAUCGUAAAUCUAAAAAUUUAACAGCUGUUGCUAAUUUAUCACUUGGUGGACCACAAAGUGAUGCUUUAGAUCAAGCUGUUCAAGCUGCUUUUAACGACGGAUUAGCCAUUGUCGCUGCUGCUGGUAAUAGUAAUGCAAAUGCUACAGAUUAUAGUCCAGCUAGAUUAGAUGAUAUCAUCACAGUUGGUGCUUUAGAUGAUUUUACUGAUACUAUUGCACCAUUCUCAAAUUAUGGAUCUCCAGUUGAUAUUUUUGCUUCUGGUGUUAAAGUUGAAUCUUUAAAUAAUAACAUUACUGGACCACCAAGUGAAUUUUAUGGUACUUCACAGGCUGCUCCAAGUAUCACUGGUAUUGUUGCUCUUUUAUUAGAACAAGGUGUUUCUAAAGAUGAUUUAAAAGAUAGAUUAAUUGAAUUAUCAACUAAAAAUGCAAUUUCUGAAGAAACUUAUGAGGAAAAUCAAAUUUAUGAUAAUACUGUUAAUAGAGUUGGUUAUAAUGGUGUUGAAGAUACAGAUGAUGAAAUUGAUAAUCCAUCAACCAAAAAGCCAAACUUAUCAUUAUUGAGAUAUGUUAGUUAG